UCGCGCCUAGAGCGCAAACGCAACGGGCGUUUACGUCGGUGACGCAAGGGAGCGUGAGGACGAGGGGCUUCCGAGAUUGCGCAGUGAGCGCGUCGGCCUCGACCCUUUGGCCAGGUUAGGGAGGGGGCGACGUUGAUAUGGGGGCGGCGGCGGCGGAAGCAGAUCGCACGCUCUUUGUGGGCAACCUUGAAACGAAAGUCACCGAGGAGCUCCUUUUCGAGCUUUUCCACCAGGCUGGGCCAGUAAUAAAGGUGAAAAUUCCAAAAGAUAAGGAUGGUAAACCAAAGCAGUUUGCAUUUGUGAAUUUCAAACAUGAAGUAUCUGUUCCUUAUGCAAUGAAUCUACUUAAUGGAAUCAAACUUUAUGGAAGGCCUAUCAAAAUUCAAUUUAGAUCAGGAAGUAGUCAUGCAUCGCAAGAUGUCAGUUUGUCAUAUCCCCAGCAUCAUGUUGGAAAUUCAAGCCCUACCUCCACAUCUCCUAGCAGCAGGUACGAAAGAACUAUGGAUAACAUGACUUCAUCAGCACAGAUAAUUCAGAGAUCUUUCUCUUCUCCAGAAAAUUUUCAGAGACAAGCAGUGAUGAACAGUGCUAUGAGACAAAUGUCAUAUGGUGGAAAAUUUGCUUCUCCACCUCUGGAUCAAUCAGGAUUUUCACCAUCACACAGUCAUAGUUUUAACCAGUCUUCAAGCUCCCAGUGGCGCCAAGAUACCCCAUCCUCACAGCGUAAAGUCAGAAUGAAUUCUCAUCCCUACCUAGCAGAUAGACAUUAUAGCCGGGAACAGCGUUAUACUGAUCAUGGGUCUGACCAUCAUUACAGGGGAAGCAGAGAUGAUUUCUUCUAUGAAGAUAGGAAUCAUGAUGGCUGGAGCCAUGACUAUGAUAACAGAAGAGACAGUAGUAGAGAUGGAAAAUGGCGCUCAUCUCGACACUAACACGUGUUAAAAGGACAUUGUUUUUAUAGGGUCAUUUUAGGCCCUUUGACUAAAUGGAUAAGGAAAUAGUUUGUUGAAAAACUGUACAGAGCAGCUUUACAAGUUGUUACAUUUCUUUAUACAUUUUUUAAAGCUACAAUUUCAUACAAAAUGAAUUGUGGUUUUAUUACAGUAAUAACCUUUCACCUCAGGGUUUUAUGAAGAGGAAAGGGUUUUAUGCAAAAAAAAAAAAAAAAAAAAGUGCUACAAUUCCUAAUCAUUUUAGACACUUUAGGAGGGGGCAAAGUUGUAUGAUAAAGCAGAUAUUUUAAUUAUUUGUUGUCUUUUUAUAUUGCAAGAAAUUUCUUGCUAGUGAAUCAGAUUUUGGUGUACAUAAUAGAAAACAUCCAAGUUGACAGUCUAAAAUGGCUACCAGUAUUUUGUUAAUAAAUUCAAAAAUACAACUUUUCAGUGAUUCAUUUUACUAACAUUCUGUUUGAGAAGGCUAUUGGUUAAGUUUGGGGAUAAAGGCAUUGCUUAACUUCUUAGAUAAUUUAGAUAUAAAUUCUGUGACAUGCUCUUGAGCUUUACCCUAGUUGAACAUACAAGUAUAGAUCUACACAUACUGUUUCAUUCAGAAAUUUUAGUAAUUGUUCAUUAAAUCACAUUCAAGGCAUAAUAAGUCACUCAGGAAGUUGAAAUAUCUCUACAUGUAUGUUUUUACACUAAAAAUGCAGAGUUAGCAUAAAUCCCCUUUUCAGGAAGAACAAAAAUGUCAGUGCAUGGUUAGAUAAAAUGGUAAAAUGUUUUACUGAAAGCAUACUCCUUUGGAAAAAGAUUCAUGAAGCCUUUAAGUGCUGCCUCUGUUGGUCAAACAUUAAAAAUUUUAACAUUUUCAAAGUUCCCAGGUUGUGUACAAAGACACAUUUAAUGGAGAUUGUACAGGUAGCUUUUUUGUUUGAACCUUUGAGAGAAUCUAAUCUUAACAUUUUCUAAUUUUAAAAUUUUAAAAUCUUGUUUAACAAAAACUUUUAUGUAUUAAGAUACUGUUUUCCUUUACAGAAUUGUUUACAAAAGUUCAUUUGUUGAAAAAUAAGGAUCCUUUUCAAUACCACAGCAUUUGUACUGUCACUUUUUAAUAUACUAAAAAAUAUAUAAAAGGA